GAUUCGAGUACUGAUACCAGUACGAAAGAUUUCCAGCGCUUGCCAGUCGCACCGACACCGCUACUGUGGCUGCGCACGGCCCGCCCAGGGACGCCAAAAAGUCCCCUUUGGCUUGCCAUCCAUACCUGAAGUGAUGAUCAUUUUAUCAUAAAUUAUUCAAAUAUUUUAAAAAAUUUGAUGCCGUUGCCGUAUCGACCGAUGAACGAAGACUGGAACGAUUCAACUUGCGAGUGGAAACCCUCGGGUAGGGUGUCCCAGCUAUCAAAAAGAACAGCACCGCCUAAAGAGUAAGUCCCGGCCGAACAAGGACUGCAGCUCAAGGAAGACAGGUCGAAAAAUUGACCGGCUGCGCAAGAUGACUCUAAAAGUUUUCACAAAAAGGAAUCAUUAUAGUUUUUUUUAUAAACGUUGAGAAUGCUUUUUUUAUACCACAAGAAUCGACCCUCUUUGGCUGCUGCAAGGAACAACUUUGGAAUUGGUCUGAUGAUGUGGGCACCUGCACCCGCCAUCUUCCUCCCUGAGAGUCGCAGGGCGUCAACUCAAAUUUGAAAUCAUCUCCCUAUGAACCAUAAUCUUCUGGAUUUUUCUGCUUUUGGUGCUCCAUUUUUUACUUACCAAAUUGCAGUCGGCCUUGGACCCCUCAAACGCGAGACCGAGCAGCACCACCACUAUCAAGAGUCGGCCCAUUUCGGCGCCGCGACCGUCGAUUUUCGCCAGAAUCGUGCCGAUAACAGCAGACGUUUCGCUUCCUUUCUUAUCUGACACUGCUCAGCUGCAGCUGCCUGUUGGCUUCCUCCUCUAUAUUGAUCUGCAGUCGACGUACGCCUACACUGACAGCACACACACAGGGUUGGAUGUGAAGUGGGGUGGCAAAAGCAGCAUGCGCACCGCAGGAAAAACUGGACGCGCGCUUACUAUACAAAAGAAAGCCAACACGUGCUUAUAUAGGCGCCAGUAGUCUGUACUAUAACGUGCGGAAAAGUAAUUGUCUCUAAUUUGGAGUGACGUUUCCACUCAGAUGGAAAGAAAUAACAAGAAAAUGUGCGUCUUGAGAAUAAUAAACAAAUCCAUGUAGUCUUAAUCAUAAUAUCAAAUUUAAAUUUAAAAUAAUUUUUUUUUAAAUUAAUAAAAAAGUAAAUAAAAUCCAUUUUAUAAAAAAAAAAAACAGAAAAGUGUAUUUCGUUAAAUAUAAUAUUUUAUCAAGAGCAAAGAUCAAUUAGAAUUGGCGCAAAAAAAUUAGUCAACCCCUGCAAUAUAUGAAAGUAGGCCAUCGGCUCAACAGCAGAGGCGUGCGGGUUGCAGAUUACUAAAAAAUAUUUGAUUUUCAUGUAUGCACCCCUCAAUUAAAAAAAUUUCUUUUUUCACUUCAGCAUCCAGAAAAUGAGAAAUUUCCUUCUCAUUUCCACCGCACCCCCUAGAUGAGAUAAUAUUUCAACCUCCCACGGCGCGUGUCGGCCGAGAAGCUAAUGGAGUCUCUGGCUAUCUCCAUGGCGACGACCCGAGCCGCGUAAUAACAAGCCAUCGCACUAAUUCGAGAAAUAGCUGUCAUCAGGGUGCGGUAAUUACGAGAGAAGGCAGCCGAGUGCAAUAAGAAAAUGGGCACCAAGAACAGGCAGUUACGGAACCUCGGUCCACUGCCUUUGCAAGAGACUAUUCCCAGCGAUCAGCCACAUAAAGUGCAAAUUGAAAACUUGCACCUUCGGCAAGGUUGGGCUCAAUUUCUUCACCCAAGCGAAAGAUUGUCUCGACACCACACUUUGUCCAGCGCCCGACAAAGACAAGACUGGUCUUUUCCGACUCAGGACAAGCUCGAUUUAGCCCUAUCCGCCAGGUACCAUCACGAAAAGGACCUGUUUGUUUCAAAAGGCUAUUUUUACACACAGCCGGAAACUCUCGGAGAAACCACUUGGCGAGUUUUACGAAACGAACUGCCUAACUUGUAUGAACGGCAACUCAUCUUCCAUCAUCCUCUGCAAAUCAGAGACCACGAGCAACGAAAUUUGGCUCACGAGGUCAAGCUUGAUCCGAGCAGUGAUCACUUGGUCCUCACCAGACCAAACUACCAUCGAAGAAAAGACGGUGCUUUUUUCAAAGUGUAGAAAUACAAGCAUCAUGUUUUGUCAUCUUUUUGCAUGUUUGAAAGUAAAAAAUUUUGUGUACAA